AUGGCUCAAUCGAGUAAUAAAAAGCGUGCUCUGAGGCGACAGUGGUGCCGCGAGGCAUUGUCCAGGCAUAUCCGUACCACCCCUAGAGCCCCCAGAUCCUGCCGUACACUGAUAGACCUAGAUAACCGGCUCGGCUUGCGGAUCGACCCGAACGAAGUCCGCUUGCAGCCAGCUCCACAGGACGGGUAUGUCUGGUCCGUUACCGACUCCAAGGCUCAUCUUUUGGAGACGCCCCUGAGCAAUGGAACCGUUGGUCUCUAUGAGGAGAUAUGCCGUGCGCUUGGACAUUCGCUCGAAGCCGUCCGUCCGGCAGUUCUGCAAGCGGACCACGAUGAUCUGGAAUUAAAUGAGAAUACCGAAAAUGAACCGACCCUGACGCCUGAAGACGAUUCCUUUACCGCGACUAUUCAACGCUUGGGGCAGGAGAAUCAGCAACUCGGUGACGAGAACGAGCGUCUUCGUGGUCGUAUGCAAGCAUGCCUACGCCGGUCGCGAGCCUUUGAAAUAAAAACCCGGCAUUUGCAGAGGGGAAUAAAACAUCAGAAAGAGUAUAUAGGCGAGCUUGAAGAAGAGAUAGCCAGUACGAGAGAUAGCAUCCGUGAAGCUGCAAAGGUACUAGAAAGGGGGGCCAAGGGGCGAGAAACUGGGAUCUAUGCAGUAUAG